GCGCACACUGAAGCUAGCGGACAUGUUGAGUAGAUAACUGUUGACAAGGGCGCUUGGAGACGUUACCAAGGAAGUAGAUGAGCGAUUUCUUCCGGAUUCGAGACGAAAGGAAAGCUUUUCCACGUGCGGCAAAUAAAUGGUGAAGACUGAUCUAGAAUCAGAAAUGAGUGAAGAAAACCAAUGAAAGGGAUGAUAAAAGCAAAAAGGACAAUGAUAAGAUUGUCAGAUUGCUUUUGAUUGACAGUUUAAUUUCAUUUAAUUUAGAAAAACAUGGCAGUCGGUAGGUUGGCUAAAGAGAAGAAGAAGAAAAUAAAGGUGAAGGAAGAAGAAGAAAACACAGAUUCUGUCAAGUGUCAUGAUGUUUCCGUCCAGACUGCUAUUAAACAGGAGCUGCUCGAUGUAAACGAUGGAGGGGAGAAAAAGAAGAAGAAGAAGAAGAAAUUAAAACAAGAGUUGGAUGCAAACAAUUCUUUGGUGGAGAGUUGCGACGUAUCUGUUCAGACAACUGUAAAAACAGAACAAAUAGACACAAAUAAUAGUGUAGCUCCUGAAAAGACAAAGAAGAAGAAAAAGAAGAUAAAGGAGGAGGAACAGAUCCAGGAGGAAGCUCAUAUAGUGUCCAAGAAGAAGAAAGUAAAAAAAGACGAGGCAGUAGAAGGUAUAAAAAAGAAGAAGAAGAAGAAAAAGGAGACUGAGGUUAAAGAAGAAGAAGAAGAGGCUGAUUUAGGACCAGCUGUGGAGACGGUAAACGACAAAAAGAAGAAAAGAAAGAGAAAACUAGAGGAGGACAUCAUAAAACAAGAACUAAACGCAGAGGUGGAGGACGGAGUGAUUAAGAAAAAGAAAAGGAAGAAAGAUGUAGACGAAUGCGUAGAGGUAGAGCACAAGGUGAAAAAAAAGAAGAAGAAACAGUCAGUAGUAGAAGAAGCGCCGGAAAACAUCAGCUCUAAUGAAAAGCCUGAGAAAAAAAGCAAAAAGAAGAAGAAGAAACUAGAAAGUAAGAGUCUUCCUCACGCCAAUGAAGAUAACUCAUCGGAUAAAAAGAUGAAGAAGAAGAAGAAACUAGAAAGUAAGAGUCUUCCCGACGCCAAUGGAGAGAACUCAUCGGAUAAAAAGAUGAAGAAGAAGAAGAAAAAUAAAGGCAAGACCGAGGCUGAUGAUGAUGUUGAGGAGAAACCGGAGAGGACAGACAACAAUAACAAGAGCUCAGGGAAAAAUACAAAUAAAACUCUUAAAGCAGAUCCUGAGGAAUACUUCAGGAAAACCGCAAGCAGAGCGAAUGAUGUUGUGUUCCUUUCUGCCAAACCUGGCAACCAGGACGAGAUUUCUAUUGACCAGGCUCGUCGACUUGCUCUUCAGAAGGAAAUAGACAAAGAGUCACAACCUAAGCCAGCUUUUGGGCAGUGGGGAACGGCGAGCUUCGACAGCUCGGACAGACAAGCCAAGUUCCUGCGCUUGAUGGGAGGCUUUAAGAAGAGCACUCAGACGGGGAACGAGUCCGCCGGCCGCCUCAACAUGGCCAUGGGCAAAGAAGGACAGCAGACGUUACAGCAAGGCCUUCUGGGAGAGUUUGAGCGCGCACAAAACCGCCACAUGGACUUCAGGAAUAAAGGAGCCGGGUUGGGCUUCAGUGCGCCGUCCAAUAAGAAGUUUGCGAUUGAUACUAAUGCACGAAACUCCAUACGAUUCGACGACUGAAUAAUAAAUUAUUCACAAACCCACAUUAUUUUUAAGGACUCAUUUAAAGGGACAGUUCACCCAAAAAUACAAAUUCUGUCAUC